CCGCAGCCCCUCCGCCAAAGUUCCACGUGCCUCGCCGCCACCGCCGGUCCCCGUUCUUCCUCGUCGCCGGGAGAUCGCGUUCCUGCCGUAUCCGCCCCUUCCCCCGCAGCCUUCCGCCGCGCGUUGGGUUUCGAGGACUAAAAAAGAAUCUCUCAAGGCAGGGCCGUAAUCGAAGUUGACUCCAACAUGUCGUCGAAGAAGAUAGAGCUAGACCACAAGGACAUGGUUCAUGAUUCUGCCAUUGACUACUACGGGAAGCGCCUUGCCACAGCCUCCUCAGACUCCACCGUGAAGAUCACCAGCAUUGGAGGUGCAUCUGCCCCAUCCCAGCUCCUUGCGACCCUCACUGGCCACUACGGUCCUGUGUGGCGUGUUGGAUGGGCCCAUCCCAAGUACGGUUCAAUCCUCGCAUCCUGUGGCUAUGAUGGCCGUGUGAUAGUCUGGAAGGAGGCCACAACUGGGCAAUGGUCUCAGGCCCAUGUGUUUGGCAACCACAAGUCUUCAGUUAACUCCAUUGCCUGGGCUCCGUAUGAACUCGGCCUUUCCCUUGCCUGCGGGUCCUCCGACGGCACCAUCUCUGUCAUGUCCAUGCGGCCUGACGGAGGAUGGGAUGCCGCAACCAUCGAGCGGGCACACCCUGUUGGCGUCACAGCGGUCUCCUGGGCUCCAGCAGCAGCACUUGGGUCCAUGGUCGGCUCAGACCAGCUCGUCCACAAGCUCGUGUCCGGUGGCUUCGACUCUGUCGUCAAGGUGUGGGAGUUUGUCAACGGUGGCUGGAAGCUGGAGAGCGCCCUGGUCUCCGACAUGCACACAGAGUGCGUGAGAGAUGUCUCGUGGGCGCCGGUCCUGGGCCUGGCAAAGUCCACCAUCGCCAGCGCCUCCCAGGACGGCAAGGUCGUCAUCUGGACCAAGGGCAAAGGAGGAAGCGACAAGUGGGAAGGCAAGGUGAUGCGUGACUUCGAGGCUCCGGUGUGGAGGGUGUCCUGGUCCCUGACGGGAGACAUGCUGUCCGUCGCCGCCGGCGAGGGCGACAUCACGCUGUGGAAGGAGGCGUCGGACGGGCAGUGGGAGUCGCUGUGGACCAAGGGGUCGGAUGAGCCGCAGGAGCAGGAGACCGAGCAGGCGGCAGCGGAGGUUGCUGCGCAGUAGGGGAGUUCCGUGAUUCG